GUCCCAACUCCAAGAUCCAAACUCAAAACUGAAACAACCAUGGAUCCCCGGCGGAUCACUCUCAGGCCGUUCAACCUCUCCGACGCCAGCGACGUCCUCAUCUGGGCCGGCGACGACCGUGUAACUCGCCACGGCCGGUGGCCGACCCUCAAAUCCCUAGAGGAGGCCACAACUUUCAUCCAACAAGUCUGCAUGCCUCAUCCCUGGCGCCGCUCCAUCUGCGUCGACGGCCGCUCCAUCGGAUUCGUCUCGGUGUUUCCGGCGGAGGGCGACGACAGGUUCAAGGCCGACAUGGGAUAUGCAAUCGCCUUCGAGUAUUGGGGCCGCGGGAUCGCCACCGCGGCCGUGAAGAUGGCCGUGAAGAUGGUGUUCGAGGACUUUCCGGCGAUUCUCCGGCUGCAGGCGAUGGCCGGAAUCGAGAACACGGCGUCGCAGAGGGUGCUGGAGAAGGCUGGAUUCACUAAGGAGGGAUUGCUUAGGCAGUUCGUUUGCAUCAAAGGCAAGGUUCUAGAUGUUGUCAUCUAUAGCUUUCUUUCCACUCAUCGUUUUGGUUGAAAUUAAUUUGAUCACAACCUUUUUUUUUAAAUGAAAGCGUAUUUAUUUUCGGGAACGGUUAGGGCACUGAAUUGAAAAAAUCAACACCCGUAAUAUAUACAAACAGCACACAGUCUUAAUAAUGACAGGUGGUGUUAUUUCAUAAUUAUAGUGUGUUGUAUAACAGCAUGUGGUGUGCUGAAAUCAAGUAUUGAUUGUGUUCUAUAAGAUUAUAACAUGACAUGUGUUGUUAGUUAGUAUUGUUAG